UUGACACAAAUUUGUGAAAUGUUUUGGUUGACCCAAAUCUGCAUUUUUCAGCCAAGAAAAUGUUUUGGACAAAAAUUUUCAGCCAACUCUACCCACAAUCUAUACCACAUUGUCAAGAGUUUUUGGUGCCCAUUGCGUUAACGUUGAAAGCUGUUGUAUGAGCACUUAGGAAAUUCUGGCCUUUCUCUUUAGCUGCCUGCAUGGGAGCAGAGCUCUUCUGAAAAUCUGAGCUUGAGCUUGUCUGAAAGUCUAGUGUUCUGUCUUCAGGACUUUUCAGAAAGUGUUACAUGGAGUUAAACCUCAGGGCUAUUGUAUAUAAAACCCUGAUUAAUUAGAUGCCAGUAGUUGACUGCCAAAAUUCAAAGAAACAGUACCAUACCAUUUUGUAGUAAACAAAUGUAAUGUACACAGAAAAUGUUAUAAACAGAUUUGGAAUAUUCCCCAGUGUUCAGUAUUCACCAGUUUUCAUAGUGUUGCCAACUCUCAUGAUGAUUUUGAGUGACUGGAUUUUGGCAGGGGCUAGCACCCAUCGGACAAUGACACGAGACCCUACAGUCCCCAGGAGAAUUUGAGCCAUGCUGGGGAGCAAACCCUCUCUGAAUGGCUGCCUGCCCUACUUGCCAGCUUCCUGGGCCAAAGCAACCAAUCAGCAGCUCCAGGCAGAGCUCUCUUCCUCUCCUCAGCAACCUGACGCCAUUCUCAUGGGGCGAGGGGGAACAGAACACCUCCUCUGCCUCCUCUGACGUCUCUGCUCCUCCCACCUUGUAACACCUGGCCUUUAAAGGGGAGUGAGGGACUCUGCUGCAUCACCCAGGCCUGGUAGGUGGGGGGGGGGGCGGCGGCGAAGAGCCUCGGAGAAGCAGAGCUGAGGCUGGGGGACAGACUCGAACCAGAGACUGAAGAGACAGGACUGUUUGCUGGGCAGGAAACAGACAGAUGUGGGGGUGAGAGCUUCUGCAGUUGGGGCCAAAAUCACAUUAACCCAAUAAAUUUGAGGGAAGAGACAGCAUUAAUUGACAAAGAGAGGGAGAGCCAGGGGAUGGGGAGGAGGAAUUGGAAUAUCAAAGGACAGGCCAAAAAACCACAAGAUAAUCUUUUUUGAGUUUGGCAAUACUUCCUGCAACACCCCUGCUAUUCCCAUUCACCUUAGUCCUGAUUUCCAACAAACCCUCUUUUGUCUUUUUAACUCUCACUCCGCUCUGUCCAUACAUCUCCUUCAAGAUUGACACUACAGUUGGCUAUUCCAGCCCAUGUUUCUCUCCAGUAGAUCAUGCAGAAUUAUGGAGUGUUGGGAUUAUGCUGGAGACCUUCAGAAUAAUAUUCCUUGUUAUCAACCGGCAGAUUGAAAAUUAGAUCCUCCAACAUGCAUCCACUCGUGACAUCUAACCUUCCCUUUCCCAAUAUCCCAUCUUUUAGUUCUCCUUUAUUUGUAGCCAGAUGAACACACAUACACACAACUGCAUUUACCUUUGUGUUUAAAUUUCCAUGAGUGCAGAUGAAAGAUCAUCCAUAUUAGCUGCCAAUACUUGUUUUUCUGAAUUACAAAGCAGCAGUAGUCAUCAGUAUAUACAGGUUUCAAUGGGAAUUUCUCAUAGCUGCUCUACAAAGGAAAUGUACUGUUAUUGCGGAAGGGAAGAGUCUAAUUAUAUAAUUUACAGUAGAUGACGAACUGGCGUGUCCCAAAAGGGAGUAGUGUAUAAAAAGGGAAGUUCAGAACUGAAUGCCUUCUGUUGCCUGCUCAUCUAGUUGAUCGCACAGCUGAGAUGAUAUUCACAUGCAUUUUCUUCUCUUGGGUCUGGGCGAUAGCAGCAGGCUCACUGCAGGUCGUUCAUAGGAAGGUCCAAUCGUCCAAGACUGGAGAAAAUGUUACUUUCCAAUGCCAGCUUGUCAUGGAUCAUGAAGUGCUGCAAGUCACCUGGCAGAAGGAGAGUGGAGAGGGCAAAGGCAACAUAGCAACCUACAGCAGGAUUAACGGACACAGAAUCCUGGGUAACUAUAGCAGCCGUGUGAACUUCACCCAGAGUGAGCUGACAGUCUCUGCCAUUACUGUUCAUGCAGUCACCCUGCAGGACGAAGGCUGUUACAAAUGUAUCUUCAACACAUUUCCCAUGGGAUCCGUCACUGGCAGGACAUGCCUCAACGUUUAUGCAAUAUCAGAGCCCAUACUGGAGGCCAAGCUCGUGUCCAGUGCAGACAAUGGUGAGGAGGAGGUGCUGGAAAUAAGCUGCUCAGUAACAGGGAAACCAGCUCCAGUGAUCAGCUGGAACCUGUCCCAUCACCUUCAGCAGGAGCCAGGACAGUAUCUCAUCAAUCACUCAGACCAGACUGUGACUGUUAUCAGCAAUUUCACACAUGUCCCCUCCAGGAUUCACUGGGAGAACCCAGCUGGCUGUGUGAUCCAACAUCCGCUCUUAAACGUGACGCUGACUCUGUCCAAGGAUGGGCAGGUCCAGGGCCAAUCAGCAACAGUCGAUGCUGUAACAAUCUACGUAUUGGUUGCUUUGAUUCCCUUGGGGCUCUUGUGCAUCUGCUUCUGCAUCUUGUCCAUCCGCUGGAAGCGACAACACCAAAUGGAUAGAAACAAAGCUGAUCUCUGUUGGGUUCUUCCCAUAUGCACCAAGGACAUGAGGCAUGGACAGCACACUAAAAAUGAUAAACAAGGCCCUGACAAGCUUCCUCCCUUUAGAGAACUCUUGGACAGAUGAAUGCAUGGUGUUGGGAGAAUUUUGCCUUACCAUGGUGAAAUGAAAACAGUGCUGGGUUUGGAUGUGUGAAACUGAUGUCUAGCUGUAUUUGUAACAUCUCAGACUUCCACAUGAAUCACAUUACGUGCAACUUGCCAUGUUUUAUAAAAAAAAAAAAUCCCACAAAUUUUUUUUUAUUUCUAUUUAUGUUUGAAUAAAUGAGCCAAUAAGCAUAGUUGUAUAUAUAAUGCAGUAGGUAUUUAUCAGAGACUGUUAAAUUAUAGUUUUGCAGAUCUGCACAAUAAAA